ACUUAAGGGUCUCUAUGUUGUUUCAUCGAUAAGCCGGCAUGGAAGAACUUGGCGAGUUUCAGGACUGGGAGUUGCUGGGUGUUGUCCAAUCACCCGUUACCCUUGAGAGUCCGAGGGAUUUCGUUGAAAUCGAAGGCGACUCUGAAGGCGUUAUCAUGUCUGAUUACUUUUCUCUGCAUUCCGAGAAGAGAUACGCAAGAACAGUCUCCGAACGUGAUCUCUGUGAGGAGGUUUCUGUUGAUUCUGAUAAUCCGAGCUGGGUUGAUCCAGGUUCGGAGCCUAGGCAUGGAGAUGAUGCCAAAAGAGAAGUGGGUUUCGAAGGAAUCGUGCUUGCGCAUAAGAAUUCGGGGGAAUUUUGGUCGGAUUCGAGCAGUGAACAAUCGGUUUCCAGGAAAAACGAUUUGGGUUGUGGUGAUGUGAGAGACGAAGUGGGUUUUGAAGAAUCUGGAGAAAGCAAACGAACUGAACCUAAAAGCAUGGAUUCGGGCGAGUUUUGGUCCGAUUCUGGUGGAGAUGGAUCCUCUCCUGCGAAGGUUGAGAACACUGAGGGAGACUCUGGCUCAGUCUCUGGUGAUUACGAGCCUGAAUUUGUACCAGAGGGGCUAAAUGGGUCGAAUUCAGGUGCGAUCAUGGAGGUUGCACCAGAGGGAAGUGAAUUUUUUGGAGUGGCAACCAUCUCGGGGGAAGAGGCGAAAGCAGGAGAGGAAGGGAAGAAGAAGAUUGUUUGGUGGAAGCUUCCUUUUGAGCUUCUGAAAUUCUGUGUUUUCAGGGUUAGUCCUGUUGUGUCUCUCUCUUUAGCUGCUGCAAUGAUGGGUGUUGUUAUCCUAGGCAGGAGAUUGUACAAGAUGAAGAGAAGGACCCGGGCCUUUCCGCUUAAGAUCACUGUGGAGGAUAAGAAGGUGUCUCAGUUCAUGGUCCGUGCUGCACGUCUUAAUGAAGCAUUCUCAGUUGUUCGUCGUGCUCCAAUAGCACUACGACCUUCACUGCCAGCAGCUGGGGUGACUCCUUGGCCUGUCAUGAGUUUGAGAUGAAACCUGUUGUGUUAUAGAUGAGG